AUGCCGGCUAUUGAAUUAACAAGUCCCUAUUCCAUAGAACUUGCUAACGUUAAACCUAUAACUAGUCACCAAAUCAUUCGUGAUUGUCCUUUAAUUCUUAACGACCACCAAUUCCUUAUUGACCUACUACCGGUAGAGCUCGGAAGUUUCGAUAUAGUAGUGGAAAUGGACUGGUUGUCCAAGUACAAGGCGGAGAUUAUAUGUGAGCAAAAGAUGGGAGAGAAGUCUGGUACCAUAUUAAACCUUAUAUCCCACCUUAAAGUGUUGAAAGGUAUACAUCAAGGAUGUGAUGUGUUCUUAGCAAGUGUAAUGACGACCGAACCAGAAGAACAACGUAUUAAGGAUAUUCCAAUAGUGUGUGAUUACCCAGACGUGUUUCCUGAUGAAUUGCCCGGAUUGCCACCCAAUCGGCAAGUCGAGUUCCGUAUCGACUUAAUACCGGGAGCAGCUCCAAUUGCAAAAGCCCCUUACUGUUUAGCACCUUCAGAGAUGCGAUAA